AUUAUAAAGAUAGGUCUGGUGUAUCCUUCGCAGCCCACCCUAUCCCACGAUUCAUUGCGGGUCGAAGCAGAUUUGUCAAACAGCUAAUGAUUAACGCUUUAACCAGCUCAGGGAACAUAUUUUUGCCACAUUUGUUGACCUUGGGUUGAAGUCUGCACACUUUCCAGAUGAGCGGCCGGUUUCAAUCCAAAAACAUCACGUCCACUGACUGAAACUAAAACACUUUUCAUGUUUUAUCACAGUCAAACAGCCUGCAAGCUUUUGUCCUGCUUCUAUAGAUGUCUUGGUUGUUUUCAUCUGCUUCUUGUCAACUUGGGAGUUGACGGGAAUAUGGGUGGAGCUAAAUAAAGGACAAUCAUGGAAGAAAACCUGUUAGAAGGUUUAUCCCACCUCAUCUCGUCCUCCCCAGUCUUCCAAUCCUUGUUCCCCAUUGGCUCUUAUUCCCAGAGGACGGAGAUAAGCAUGGGGUAAAACAGCUGAGACUAAACGCCAAGACAACGCAAGCUGUAGAGGCCCACUCACCUGCACAGGUGGUGUUCAGUGUUGGAUUGUCAUGGCGCUGCUGCGUUGGAACCUAAAGCUUAUGGUGACGCUGAUGAUGGUCAACCUCUUCAUCUUCAUCCUCCUCACCCGUAACAGCAGCACAGACAAAAAUGGACGUCAGAAGCCCCACAUCCCCACCAAACCUUUUUGGACCAAGCUAGCCCCCAGUUCCCCCUUCUGGAACCGCCAGCAGCAGAUUAUGGACCUUCAGCACAAUCCAAUCAUCAUGGUGAACUCUAGCAGCCUAGAGUUGCCCGACUGGCUCAAUGACACCAGUUUUCCCUCUGACCCCUGUCAGCCCAAUCACAGGGUUACUACUCAGGUUAAGGACUACAACUCUUUACCAAAUCGCUUCAAGGACUUCCUGCUCUACAUGCGCUGCCGGUCCUACCCCAUCCUGAUAGACCAGCCGGAAAUCUGCAAGGAGCCCGCCCCAUUCCUGCUCCUCGCAGUGAAAUCUCUUGUGCCGCAUUUUGACCGACGCCAGGCCAUCCGUCAGUCCUGGGGAUCAGCGGGUGUAGUAGCCAACAUGACGGUGGUCACCGUUUUUCUUCUGGGAAACGCUACAGCUGUGGACUACCAUCCAGAUCUGUCUGAGAUGGUGCAGCACGAGAGCCGCCGCCAUAAGGACGUUGUGCAGUGGGAUUUUAGGGACUCCUUCUUUAACUUGACUGUCAAAGAACUGUUGUUCUUAGAAUGGAUUCAAACUCGUUGUUCUGGCGCUCGCUACAUCUUCAAGGGGGAUGACGAUGUCUUUGUCAACACGUACCGCAUCCUGGACUUCCUCAAGGGCUUAUCGGGGCCCAAAGCCAGGGACCUGUUUGUGGGUGACGUUAUCACAAACGCUGGGCCGCACAGAGACAAGAAGGUCAAAUACUUCAUCCCAGAGAGCAUGUAUGCUGGGACGUACCCUCCUUACGCAGGAGGAGGGGGCUACCUUUACUCUGGAGACAUUGCUGCUCGUCUGCACAACAUCUCGCAGCAUGUAGCACUUUAUCCCAUUGAUGACGUCUACACCGGGAUGUGUCUCCGUAAGCUGGGCCUAGCUCCAGAAAAGCACAAAGGUUUCAGGACCUUUAACAUAGAGGAGAAAUAUCGGUCGAACCCCUGCGCAUACAAGAGCUUAAUGCUGGUUCACCCGAGGACCCCGCAGGAGAUGAUCCAGAUAUGGUCCUGGCUCAACAGACCUGACUUGUCCUGCUAGUGAUCGGUCUGAUGGGACCCAGCCUUGGUUUGAGCCCAAAAGCCAAAGUGACACGUUUUAUCUUUAACAGGGUCAUAUCUGAAAAGUUGGCAGCUUUAAGUUCAAACUAUAUGUAGUUGACCUCUCGAGGAGACAGCUUGGUCUGGAGGGAAAAUCACAUUUCUGUUUCAGCUUAUUAUUUUGACUUCCUUGAGCUAAUUCUGCUGUCCCAUUGGUUGGCUGGGCUUCCUCAAAGUGAAUGUCUUUAUUAGAGUACAGAUAUUUAUAUCACAACUAUUUAUACAGGCUUGAACACUGUGUGUCACCUCCCCGAUGGAGGGUCUCAAUGCUGUAUUAAUGUAUAGGUAAAACACCUAAAGUGUCCACCUGGGACUCAUGUGGUCUCAGUCUGUAAUGGGAGCGUCUUUACAGUAGCAAUGUUUCUAAAGGUGUUGGUAAAAGCAUGAAAUUGUCCAUUUCUCUGUAAAAGACGUUCCUGGUGAACACUUUGUGGUGAUUUCUGCUGGAGGCUUAAACUGUGCUGCUAUUCCUGAACUCCCUGAAGUAUUCAAGUGACACUCCUUGCCCGUCUGAACCAGUUUGGCCUCAUUAAGACUUGUUUUUUAUUAGUAUGACUUUGUCUAUUAAUAAAGAGUAGACUUACAGAAAUCCUAGGUGUCUGUAAUAGACAGAUGCUCUGCUUUUAUUUGUUGCUGUGGGUGUAUUGUUACAACAGACUUGGUCUCAGCAAAAAGCUUUGGAUAAAAUGGGAUGUAACGCAGAGCACACCGUACACUUUGCCCUAAGGGGCCAUAAUGAAUGUGGACCUGGCUCUGCUCGGCUCAGCAGGUCGGUAAAACCAGCUCCCAUAAACCCAGCUAGGUGAUGCUGUUUUUAUUUAUCACAAGUCGAUAUUCAGUGAUAAAACCUCCCACCGAGCGUCUGUAAGAAAAUGCUGCUUUGCUGCGCUGUGUUAGAGAGCUUCAUAGCCAAAUUUAGGACAAAAAGUUACACCCAAGCUGCUUAUGUUUCCAUCUCCGUUAAACAGGCUCCCCCUGCUGGUCAGGGUAGUAAACUCAGGCUUAUCAAUGCUUUAUAUGCAAACUGAUCCCUCUCUAGUGUAGAACGUCUGUUUUAACCAUCGUAUUAUAACUUAACUCUGUGGCUUCUUAAACUCCAAACAGUAAUCCAAAGCAAUCUCUGUCUCUAUCUACCUUUAAAAUAUUAAAACAAACACUAAGAUGAGCUAAAGAAUCAACAGUCACUUAAUUCUUACCUCAGAAACAUUUAGGUAAUGCUUUUAAAACCACAUUUGAUUUUCACCUAUGAUUUGCUAGAAUCUCUCACUGAAUACAGUUGGUGGCUUAUGAAAUGUUUACUUAGUGUUUAUGUUCACAAAUAUUUCUCCGUUUUAACCCUAGAGUCCGUUUUCUUUUUUCCACUCUGGUUUAAAAAGAAAUGUCAUGCUCUGCUGUCUGAAAUCUUGCUUUUAUUUCUUUUUUUCCCCAUUUCCCCAUUAUUGUCUUCGUUUUGAAGGAAUUUUAUCUUUCAUGGAAAAACUUUCAAUUGUUUACUUUUUUCUUUUUUUUUCUCUCUUUAAUGUUGCUCUCAGCGCAUCGUUCGCCUCAAACAUAACUGCCUAAGUCACAUUUUGGCAAAUAUGAUUUAGGCAGUUAUGUUUUGAGGCGGACGAUGUGUCAAUGCUGUGAUUCUAGGGCAGCGUCGUACCCCUGCACAGGGACUGAUGAGGUCGAAUAAAAACGCCUCAGAUUAUCCAGGCUAAUGUUGGGAAACUAAAAUGUUUCAGUUUCAUGAUUCUGUCUCGUAAACAUGUUUUUGAAUAUUACAGCCAGAAUACAGCACAAGGAGUCCAAUAUUAUAACCAAAUCUUUGCGAUAUUUGCUUGUACUGUAUGUGUGAAAAUGUUUUAGGCAAAUUAUUUAAUUUUCGAUAAAGCUAUUUUUUUGUAUGCUGAUCUGUUAUUUAAAAAUAAAUUGUGAAAAUAAAA